AUGGCCUCUAAUCCUCCCGGCUCCUGCUGCUACAAAGGCGUCAGGCACGAAGGAACUCCUACCGGCGAGUUCUCUCAACUGGGUGAUUUCGAGAUCUACACCAAGUACCCUGAAAGCAAGAGCACUGAAUAUGGUAUUCUUGUCAUCACCGAUGUGAUCGGCCACCGCUUCAACAAUGCCCAACUGAUCGCAGACCAAUUGGCCGCCAACGGCUACUUCGUCAUGAUGCCCGAUCUGUUCGACAAGGAUCCUAUCCCCCUCAACCGCCCUGGUGAUUUCGACAUCAUGAAGUGGUUAAAGGGUGAAUAUCAUCCCAAGAAGACGGCUCAUUUGCCCCCCACCGUGGAUCCCAUCAUUGAUGCAUGCAUUAUCGAGAUGAGGACAAAAUAUGGAUGCAAGAAAAUCGGUGCCGUGGGCUACUGCUUCGGCGCCAAAUACGUCGUCCGACACCUUCGCCCGGACUCUGGCAAGUUCGACGCCGGCUAUUGCGCACACCCGUCCUUCGUCGAGGCCGACGAGCUCCGCGAUAUGAAGGGCCCUCUAGCCAUCGCCGCCGCCGAAACUGACCACAUCUUCCCUCCCGAGAAGCGUCACGAAAGCGAGGUCAUCCUCAAGGAGACGGGUCUGCCCUACCAGAUCAACCUGUACAGCGGCGUGGAGCAUGGCUUUGCCGUAAGAGGAGAUUUGAACAACAGGGUCCAUGUGUACGCCAAGGAAAAUGCCUUUGUGUUUGCGGUCCAGUGGUUUGAGGAGCAUUUGAGGGGCGGAAAGUAA